AUGCCCAGCCGCAAAGCCAAACCCGCCGCCCCAAAAGGCACGCCUCCAACCCUCGUCCUCGACAACGGUGCAGCAACAAUAAAAGCCGGAGUAGUCCACGAUGGCAAAUUCUCCGACCCUCGCAUCAUCCCAAACGUCAUAGCCCGCGACCGAGCGCGCAAAGUCUACGUCGCAUCCGAGCUCGAAAAGUGUCGCGACUUCGGAGAGAUACAGUUUAGAAGACCCGUGGAGAAGGGGUUUAUUGUUAAUUGGGAGGCGCAGAAGGAGAUUUGGGAUAGGGAGGUUUUUGAGGAUGGGUUUGAACCUGGGAGCAGCAGGUUGAUACUUGCGGAACCGCCUAAUGGGUUGCCCAUUUUGCAGACGAAUUGCGAUCAGAUUGUCUUUGAGGAGUAUGGGUUUGAGAGUUACUAUCGGGGUAUAGGCCCGACGUUUAAUGCCUACCACGAUAUCCAGAAUAUCUUCCGAACACCACAAGACCAACCGACCGUCGAUAACACACCCGCCGAAGCCGUCAUGGUAAUCGACUCGGGAUACUCGCAUACGACAAUCACACCGCUCCUGCGCGGCCAGUCUUUACACUCCGCCGUCAAACGAUUAGAUGUCGGCGGCAAGGUCCUCACGAACUACCUCACGCGACUCAUCUCCCUCCGUCACUUCGACAUGCGAAACGAUACAUACAUCGUCAACGAAAUGAAAGAACUUUCCUGCUACGUCUCCCCCGACUUUAAAUCCGAUCUAGAAAAGUCAUGGAGAGGUACAAGAGGAGACCGACGAUCAGAUUAUUUAUCUGGAGGCGGCAUUGCGAAGGAUUACAUCCUACCUGACUUCCACACCCACUCCAAGGGAAGAUUAGUCGACUACGAACCCUCCCGACACUCUAAAGCGCGAAAAAUGGCAAACCAGUCAGAAGAAGACGCCCUCACCCUGCGAAACGAACGCUUCACCGUCCCAGAACUCCUGUUCAAUCCAUCAGACGUCGGACUUAGGCAGCCCGGCCUGGCAGAACUAGUUCAAGAAUCCCUCAACGAGCUCCCCAUCGGUCUCUGGCCCAGUCUUCUCGCCAAUAUUAUCGUCGUGGGUGGUAACACGCACUUUGACGGGUUUAUACAACGGUUGCAGAAAGAGGUGGUGCAGCGUGUACCGGACGAUUGUAUAGUUAGGGUUGCGAGACCUGCAGAUCCAAUUACACAUACGUGGUAUGGCGGUGCGCAUUUGGCGAGUCAUCCGAAUAUUGAGAGGUUGGUCGUUACGAAGGGGGAGUAUGAGGAGUAUGGUGCUGCGUGGGUUGGGAAGAAGUUUGCUACUGGGUUGGGGACGUGA